UUGUUCCAAUCCAAAGAUAUUACAGUUCCAUACACUGCUAGUGCUCUUAGAUCUCAUAAUUUGAAUUAACAGAUAGAUUUCAAGCAUUAAUUUUUUAGUGAAAUACAAAUUCAAUCGAAAUGUUCAAAGUUUUAGCAAUUUUGGCUGUAGUAUUUGCCGUAGCUGCUCAGGCACAAAUUCCUCCGGUUGGAUUUGAACAAGUUGUAGCUCAGCACGCGGCACGCACGUCGGAAGCGGUGAACCAGAUAGCGGCUGGAUCGGCUGCUCCCCCGGAUGUCAAAGCGGCCGUCGUGGCUGAAGCCCAGAAAAGCAUAGCCGUUUGUGUGCAGCAGGCAAGCGCCCCUGGCCCAUUUUUCCAGUGCACCAGCCAGGUGAUUGCAACCGUCGGAAGCACUUUGAACCCCAAUGUGUCGUCCGGAGCAAGCUCAGUCGUUUAGUUAAUUUAGUUUAGUUAAGUUUGAUGUUGUACAAAAGUGUCCCAAGGUUAUGCGUUUGAGAGUUAGGUUUUCUUUUGUUAAGACAGCUUCAAAAUUCAGUGUCCAAUGAAAAACAAUUGAUUUAAGAUCUUUACUCACACCCGAAAAUACUAUUUGAGUCGAUUUUUGUUUUUAUGAUUAUGUAAAGGAAAAAAAAUCUACGCAAUUGAAAAAUAAACUUGUUUGUUACGAAUGAUAA